AUGACAGAUAAUAAUGAAUAUAAUUCGAGACGAACAACGGGUGAUGAGCAACAACAAGAGGGAAGACGAAAUCGCUCGGCGAAUAACGGCAAAUUGGACUUUCGCUUUUUAAUUCCAUCACGUGAUGCUGGAGCGAUUAUUGGUAAAGGUGGAAAGGUCAUUCAAGAUCUUCGCCUUAAACAUCGAUGUCAAAUUCAAAUGGCUGAUUGUGGUGUGCCGGAACGUGCUCUAAUGAUUCAUGGCGAUCAGUCAGAUGUAUUGAAUUGUAUGUCAGAUGUACUUUCAUAUAUAAUGGAAAAUCAUCAACGUUCAAACAAAUCUGAUCAAAGUGAAAUCCGUGCUCUCAUCCAUCAAUCACAGGCAGGAGCAUUGAUUGGCAAAGGCGCAUCCAAAAUCAAAGAAUUUAGAGAGAAACACAAUAUUGAUGUCAAGGUUUAUCCUCAAUGCUGUCCAGGUGGUUCAACAGAACGAUGUAUCUCUAUGCGUGGCAAUAAAGACGAUGUAUUACGUUGUUUAACUGAAGUUUAUGGCGUACUCGAUGGUGUUCCAGCUCGUGGGUCUUAUCGAUACUACGAUCCAUCAACAUACGACGGUUAUAAUGUAGCAGAUUAUGGAGGUUAUUCAGAUAAUUUCGUGCGUAAUAACCAGCAAAACUUUCGAACUCAGAAUAAUAACGCUCCAGGAUACGCUCAUAAUUCUUAUGGCUCACCUCCAGUACCACCUGCCCAUGGUUAUUCACAGUACGGUGGCCCAUAUCCAGAUAAUAAUUAUGGUGGUCAUCGAAAUCGUAGUGGUGGAUACAAUCCUGCGCAUCAACAAGCUGGACCAGUAACAACAACGCAAGUGACAAUUCCAACUGAGAUGGCUGGUGUUAUUAUUGGUACAAAAGGUUCAAAAAUAUCGCAGAUUCGACAGGAAUCAGGUGCUUCAAUUAAAAUUGAUUCCGAUCCGAUGCCAGGUACAAACGAUCGUUUGAUUACGAUUACCGGUAGUCAAAAUCAAAUUCAACAAGCACAAUAUCUUCUUCAACAAGCUGUUCGAGAAUCAGGUCUAUGGAAUCAAUAA